GGCGCGUCGACAACGAAUGGCAGAGAAGAGGCUUCGGUCGAGCGGUGGCGCAAUCACCGACGUCUGGUUCGGCAGCCUCCCAUUUGACCUCCCUCUUGGAUUCGGUCCCGUGAGCGAGACCGCGCGCUAGUAUAAAAUCCGCAGAUAUCCUGCCUGACAAUUCAUCGCCCUCGGCGCAUCCGUCCCUCCUCGUCCACCUCCAAGAUGUCACUUCGCUCGGCUUUGCUCGCGUCCGCCUUGAUUGGCGCCCGCGCUUUGCCUGCGCCUCACGGUGCUCGCGCACCCUCGUCUGACAACAAGGUCAUCAUCCAGAUUUUUGAGUGGAACUGGGACAGCAUCGCGCAGGAGUGCACAGACUUCAUCGGUCCCGCGGGCUAUGGCUUCGUGCAAGUCAGUCCACCCCAGGAGACCAUCUCCGGAGACCAAUGGUGGACGGACUACCAGCCCGUCUCUUACAUCCUCCAGGGCAAGCGCGGCGACCGCGACGGCUUUGCGGCCAUGGUUGAGGCGUGUCACGACGCAGGCGUGGGCGUUAUCGCUGACACCAUCUGGAACCAUAUGGCGGGCGUGGACUCGGGCACUGGGACUGCGGGCAGCAGCUUUACGCACUACGACUACCCGGGCAUCUACCAGACGCAGGACUUCCACCACUGCGGGCUCGAGUCGGGCGAUGAUAUCGUGAACUACUCGAACCGUGAGGAGGUGCAGACGUGCGAGUUGGUCAACCUUGCGGAUCUCGCGACAGACACCGACUACGUUCGCGGCAAGCUCGCGGACUACGCCAACGACCUCAUCUCCCUCGGUGUGGACGGUCUUCGUCUUGAUGCCUCCAAGCACAUUCCGACGGACGACAUUGCGGCCAUCAUCAGCAGGCUCAACUCGUCGGUCUACAUCACGCAGGAGGUCAUCUACGGCGACGGCGAGCCCAUCACCCCGGCCGAGUAUGUACAAAAUGGGGACGUUCAGGAAUUCCGCUACACCCAUACUAUCCAGGACGCUUUCACCAACAGCGGGCUCGACCAGCUGCAGGACCUCGACUCCAAGGGGUGGGUCGCUGGCUCUUCAGCGAACGUCUUCGUCGCUAACCACGACACCGAGCGGGGCGGCGAUUCUCUCAACUACAACUCGCCCAACAACAUCUAUACUACCGCCAUGAUCUUCUCCCUCGCGCACCCCUACGGCACGCCCAGCAUCCUCUCCUCCUUCGAGUUCUCCAACUCGGACGACGGCGCGCCCAACGGCAACGCCGGCACGUGCUCCGACGACGGUGGCGCGAGCGGCUGGAUCUGCCAGCACCGCUGGCCCGCGGUCCGUAACAUGGUCGCCUUCCGCAACGAGGUCGGCGACGCGGAGCUCACCGACUGGGUUAGCCCGCAAGGCUCGCAGAUCGCGUUCGGACGGGGCUCAGCCGGCUAUGUCGCUAUCAACAAUGCGGACUCGGAAUGGUCGACUACGUUCUCGACCUCGCUCGCCGACGGCUCCUACUGCGAUGUCAUCAGCGGCGACGCCUCCGACGGCUCCUGCUCUGGCAAUACCAUCACCGUUUCCGGCGGCUCCUUUGACGCUACCGUCCCUGCGCGCAGUGCUCUCGCCAUCCACACCGGCGCCACCGUUUAAAAUCUCAGCAUCGACGACUGGGGGCCAACCUCUCGAGAAUCAUCGACUUCUGAUGCACUUCGGUAAUAUAUUUGCCCCUACCAUGUUGUAAAUUCGACGACAGUGAACAGGACGAACAUGUGCUAUCUAUAUAUGCGCCCCCUCGUCUGGUAACGAAGAAGCUUGAACGCGACUAGAUAUUUUACGAUGUGAUAUCGGCAUCGAUCAGAUGGACGCAAGCACUUCUAGUAGUCAUACUAUACCAGUUGCUUGUGGCAGCCAAUACAUAUGUACCAACGCAUGUUAUCUGUACGUGCGUCGCUCAAGUCACGGCAGAGUAUAUCCUUCACAGCGCGAAGUGCAGCCUGCGGAGCCACCUUGUG